AUGGAUACGAAACCCCAACAUCACACAAAAAUUAUUAAUAUUUAUUAUGCCAAGGUUUUUCGUCGAAGGACUGGGCUCGAAGGUCUUGGACAUAUUGAAAUACAUAAACCUCAACCAGCGGUACCUAAUGAGCGACCUUAUAUAGAUAAAUCCCAAAGAAUACAACCUUCACAAGCUAAUUCUCAUACUACUAGAAUUACUGCCAUAUCUGCAACGGCACACACUAAUUCUAAUUCUGUUUUAUCUCAAAAUAAUUUAAAAGCUCAACAGCAACAACAACAAUUUGUAUCAGAUUCUGGAGAUUCAAGAUCAGUAACGACAGCAAUAACAGCAAUAACAAUCAUCCCUCAAUCUCAAUAUAAUACUCUAUCAGUUGUAAUAUCGGACAUCAAAGAAGAAAUUCAAUAA